UGGCGUCGUCUGCGCGGGUUCGUCGUCUCGCUCGGCGUCGGCGCCAGCACCAGACGGCCCCGGCGCAGCAGCAGCGGCAGCGCAGCGGUCACCGCCGCGCCACGCCGUCUCUCGCUGCUGACGAGGGCGCCGAGACGUCAGGAUGCAAGCCACACACGCCCGGCGUUCAUCUGCGUGCCUCCUCGGCGCGGCACGGCUCGCGUCGCCCGGCACCCUCGCUGCGUCUGAUGAUGCAUGUCUCGCUGCGCAGCGCUCCUGCGGCGCAACAGCACGACAGCGCCUCGCGCUCUUCUCGGUGCGCUCGAGUUCGCCCGGCGGGGGCCAGGCGCGGCAUGCGGCGCGCUAUCGAGAAGGGCGGAGGGCGGAGGGCGGUGCGGAAGAAGGUCGAGCCGCCGCACGCCGCUGCCCCGCAGCGCCGCUUCGCAGCCGGCGCCGCAGACGCCGAGUCCGCACCGCCCUCGCCUUCAUGCAGCCCACACGCAGCGAGGUAGGGCCGACGAGCGGCCACGCCCGGUCCUGUCCGAGGAUGUGCGUUGCUCAGGGGGCUGCGACGUAUGCUCAGGGGGUGUGGAUGGUGCGGGAGCUCGUGCGUAGCCGGCUGGAAGACUAGACAUGCUGCGGCCGCGAGCGCAUCUUGAGGCGAGUGCAAGCAGAGCACCGCAAGCUCAGCGGUGUGUCUCUGUGCAGCGACGACGCUCAGCCUCAAAUGCGCCAGGCCUUGCGCUAGCGACGAC